UUAUUCAGCUCAGAUCAUAAAAAUAUUUACAAUAGGCAACCUGUACAUCAUUUCAAAGAAGAAGACAGCAGCUAUUGCUCUCUGCUCUUUGCCAUUGAAGGAGAAGAAAAUCACAAAAAGAAACCCAAGCCUGUAACCUCAGAGACCUUAUCCCUAAGACAAAAUAGUGAUCUGUUAAUAGAUUACCACGGAUAGCAGAGGCAAGGCUCCUGAAAAUUUGUGUUUGCAAAUAAUUCAUAUUGCAGUCAACUAUGUAUCAGUGUCUGCUAAAUGGUAGCAUGUAGCUUUUGGAAAUUAGUGACUUUACCAAGUAAAGGGAACAAUUCUCACAUUGAGAAGUCCACUAUCUAUAUUGGAAAGUCAGGUUUAUCAGUGGCUAGUUUUAGAUGCAAACAUCUCAGAAACACAAAAAUUCAGCUGGUAUUCAUGGAUUCUACCACCAACCACAAGAGAUUGAUCCGUAUGGUUUGUCUCAUAUACAAAUUUUAGACAACAAUGUAUUUUCGGAUGUUUGCAGUCAAGGAACCACUGUUUCCUUUCAAAAUUACAAGGAAGAAUACGUUACCUUGGAAUCAUCCUCAGCUACUGGAGGUUUUGUUGUCUAUGAUUCCCCUGCUGCCAGCGUUUCAUCCAACAGAAGUCCCUUUUCACCCCAAGGUUCACAUUCAUGCCAGUCAGAUCCUCAUCAUUCUCCUGACAACACAUAUGGAUCUCCAAUGAGUGGAUCUUCAUCUGCUGAUGAUGACAAUCUACUAAUGAGGCAGAAAUUAAGGGAACUGGAAUUUUUGUUAUUGGGGUCUGAAUCAGAAAUUACAAAAAAGUGCGAUUUCUGCUUCCAUCAAGCUGAUCGAUUAGCAAGUUGGGACUGGGACCAAAUGGUAGAAAUGAUCCCUAGGUUAGACAUGAAACAGAUGCUGCUUGUCUGUGCUCAAUGUAUAUCUGAUGCUGACAUACCAAGAGCAGCAGGUUUAAUGCAUGUGUUAGAGCAAAUGGUGUCAGUCUCUGGAGAGCCAAUGCAGCGUCUGGGAGCUUACAUGUUGGAAGGUCUCAGAGCAAGGGUGGAACUCUCAGGGAGUAAAAUCUACAGAGCUUUGAAGUGUGACGCACCACUGAGCCCAGAUCUGAUGACUUACAUGGGAAUUCUCUUUAAGAUCUGUCCUUACUGGAAGUUUGCGUACACAGCUGCCAAUGUUGUCAUUCGUGAAGCUGUGGAAUAUGAGCCUAUAAUUCACAUUAUUGAUUUUCAGAUUGCUCAGGGAACCCAGUGGAUGUUCUUAAUUCGGUCACUUGCAGAUCGGCCAGGUGGUCCCCCUUCAGUUCGGAUAACUGGUGUUGAUGAUCCCCAGUCAGCUCAUGCUCGUGGUGGUGGCCUUCAUAUUGUAGGACAAAAGCUAUCAUGUUUUGCUGAGUCAUGCAAUGUGCCCUUUGAGUUCUAUGAUGACGCAACGUCUGGUUGUGAGGUUCAACGUGAACAUCUUGGGGUGCAACCUGGGGAAGCUGUGGUGGUGAAUUUUCCAUAUGUAUUGCACCACGUGCCGGAUGAGAGCGUGAACACUUGGAAUCACAGGGACCGGCUAUUGAGGCUGGUGAAGAGUUUGUCACCAAAGGUCGUGACCCUCACUGAGCAAGAAUCCAACACUAAUACCAAGCCAUUCCUUCCAAGGUUCAAGGAAACACUAGAAUACUAUAAUGCUAUGUUUGAAUCCAUUGAUGCUGGUGCCUUUAGGGAUGACAAACAGAGGAUAAAUGCAGAGCAACACUGUGUGGCACGGGACAUUGUCAAUAUGAUUGCUUGUGAGGGAGCUGACAGGGUUGAACGACAUGAACUGUUUGGGAAGUGGAGGUUGCGGUUUAGUAUGGCUGGAUUUACUCAGUACCCAUUAACUUCCACGGUGGCCAGUGCUGUCAGAGAUUUAUUGAGAGAAUAUGACAGGAAAUAUGGACUUCAAGAGAAGGAUGGUGCUCUUUAUCUUUGGUGGAUGAACACAGCCAUGUCAACCUUUUCUGCCUGGAGGUGAAAUCCUGAUAGAUAAUAGCAUUAGAGUCCUUUAACAUCUGUAAAUUUUGUCAUUGCUGUUUUUGCUAUGGGAAAUCUGAGUUAUGAUCUGUAGUGAUGUUUGUAUUUGUAGAAGUGAUUAAGAUUAGCUAGUUUUCAGAUACUAUAGUCAGGACAAAUACUCAGAACUCUUAGAUUUCAAUGUAAAUUUCCAGCUGCGGAAUGAAACAAAACAGUUCUGCGCUGCGUGGAAUUUAUCUUCUGCCAAUUAUUAGUA